GGCUCGUUGACGUUAGCGUCGCACUGUAGGUUCAUACAUCGAUCCUGCUAAAAAAAAAAGUAAGCGACAUGAAAACUGUCCUAAGUUAGAAAACAACUGAAAACACGGGUUUUUUUUCGUUGCAAAGCGUGGGGAUCGGCUCACGACAAUUACAAGUUGAAGAUGGAGCCUCUGGAUCCUCCCAAGAAUGUUGACGUCAGUGGAUUUUCCAAAAGACGCAUUUCCUCAAUUUUAAAAGCACCACGGAAAUCAACCAGAUUCCCUGACCAAGAGCAACAGGAAAAUGUGGUGGCAUGUGCCAAGCCAUUGGAAAAGAGGAGUUCAAGGAGAGUCAGCUUUGCCCCUGCCAAUGAUGUUCUCCUGUUUUCCAAGGAUGCCAAAAAUGCCUCCCCUGGCCACACUCCUUCACAAGAGUUAGUAACAGCAGCAACAGACACCACACAAAACAGGAUUCAGGUGGCUGUCGCUGAAGAUGGGAGCCAACAAAUCCUGGGUAUGGAAAAUCUUUUGAAGGCCCCACUGCAUACUUCUCAACAAAGGGAUAAGGUCAACUUUGACACUGUGGAUGACUUUGGGGAGAAAACAAUUAUGUUUUCUACAGAUGAUGCAUUCAUGGACAUGACCCACAGUCACACUAUAAACAUUGCUAAUGAUGCAGAAAUUCUUGGAGAUAUUUCCCUUCAAAACUAUGACAUCUUACCUACUGUCAAAGAGAAAGAUGGCAUGUUCAUUGUGGGUGAUGGAUUGACAGAUAUGACUCUAAGUCAUACUGUUAACAUGACCGAUGGGUUCCUAUCUACACGCAGAAAUAUGGAUGUAAGUGGAGAGAAGAGAAACUCUCUUGCAUCAAUGCCUUGUCUGGAUCCUAGAUUUGAAAACUUCCUUUCAAGUCUGUCUAAACCAAGUGGUCCCAGUACUAUUGCCAUGAUCACCAGAAUGACACCUUCGGUUGAAACAUCCUCAGAGGAAACCAGCGGCUCCCUGGCCCAGAUUAAAACACAAAGGACUGAUGUGGAUAAAGAAAAUCAGGCUCCCACUUGUGUUUACGCUGUGCUUGAAAAGUCGCUAGAUAACAGCAGGAAAAUCAGAGAGUCCUCUUAUGGAAGUGCACUGUGUCCAAAAGAUGACAUUAGCAUGGAUAUAACUGAAGCUCAAACAGGCUGCAUUCAACCAAGUGGCCCCAGUAGUAAUUGUGUGAGUGCCAGAAUGACAUCUACUGCUGCACCGUCUUCAGCAGAAACUACCAACACAAACAGCUCCCCGUUCCAGCUUAACACACCAAGGGCUGAUGUUGAAUAUCAGUUGCUAAGCACCAUCUUUCCUGAAGAUGACGCGAACAUGGAUAUGACAGAAGUUCAAACAGGAUGCAUUACAGGCACCACUGGUUGCGAUGACCCUUUUCAGUUUCUUUUUCCCACACAAGACAUGUACCCCCACUGUGGUCACCUGAAGAUGGCAGAUAUUACUCCAGUACUGCUGAGCAGUGAGGCACUGGGAUCACCUACCCAUAAAGGUAUGAAAACUUCAUUGAAGCCAUCUUUCAAGGCAAAAGCGCAAAGACAUCAGCAGAAACUUGACACUGAGGACAACUACAGAGAGAAAACAGUGGGGUUUACUGCUGAUGAAGCUUGUAUGGAUGUGACACAAAGUCACACUGUACACAUUGCCACUGAUUUCAACUUGCAGGCGCACCAAAAUUUUGACUUUUUACCCACAUGUGGUGAGAAAACUUUGAGGUUCGCUACCAAUGACGCAACUAUGGACAUGACCCAGUGCCUCACUGUAGAUAUUGCCAGUAAUUUAGUAUCAAAUUCAGGUCUUCCUCUGAAGAAACAAGAAGGUGAGACAUUUGGUCCACCUAAAAGCAGGUCUUCAUCAGCGCACGGUUUGAAUUCAGCAUCUAAUAGCGUCCUGCCACCGUACUCAAAACUCAGUGACCCCAGCUUCAGUGUAAAGGUGACAAGAAUGAUGCCAACUGCAGCGACAUUGUCUGGAAGCACAAUCUUUCCUGCGGAUGACCUAAACAUGGAUAUGACUGAAGCUCAUGUAGGAUGCAUUUUGGAAGGUGAUGCAUUCAUGGAUAUGACAGAAACUCAGACAGGCCAAAUUAUAGGAAUUCUAGGCACAGAUGAUCCUCUUGAGUGUCUUUUUCCCACCAAAGACACAUCCCCCCAAAGUGGUAAUCUGAAGAAGGCAAAGACGACUUCAACUCAGCAGAACAGUGAGGCACUUGGACCAUCUAACAGUACAGGUAUAGUAGCCUCAUUGAAGACUUCUUUAAAGACUGAGAUGCAAAUACAUCAGGUCGAGAGUGAUGUGGAAUUUGACUGCAAAGAGAACACAGUGAGGUUUACUGCAAAUGAAGCCUGUAUGGACGUGACACAAAGUCACACUGUAAAUAUUGCCACUGACUUCAGUAUGAUCUCACAGCAAAAAAUGGACUUACCUGCAAAUGGAGAGAAAAUAAUGAGGUUCACUGCUACUGAUGCAAAUAUGGAUGUGACAAAAAGUCACACUGUAAACAUUGCCACUGAUUUUCAUCCAAAGUCAAGUCACAAUGUGGACUUUCUGCCUACAAGUGCAGAGAAAACCGUGAGGUUCACUGCAAAUGAAGCAGCAGUGGACGUGACACGAAGUCACACUGUAAAUAUCGCCACUGAUCUCAACCUACAACCUUACCAAAAUGUCGACUUACCUGAAAAUGGAGAGGAAACAGUGAGGUUUACUGCAAAUGAAGUGUCUAUGGAUGUGACAAAAAGUCACACUGUAAAUAUCGCCACUGAUCUCAAUAGGUUGUCACGCCAAAGUGGAGCCAUAUUACCUACUAAUGGAGAGAAGACAGUGAAGUUUCCUACUAAUGAAGCCUGUAUGGAUGUAACACAAAGUCACACUGUGAACAUUGCCACUGAUUUUAAACCAAAACAUGAAAAUGUGGACUUCCUCCCGACAAAUGGAGAGAAAACAGUGAGAUUCACCACAAACGAUGCCAUCAUGGAUUUGACCCAGUGCCUCACUGUUAAUGUCACCAGUAAUGUGGCAUCAGAGUCCAUUUUGUCGCAACAUGUUCUGCCUCCCCCCCAAAACGUGGAUUUUCCUUCUGCUGUAAAUGAGAGAAAAAGUGAGACCUCUGGCCCGCAAAGAAACAGAUCAUCAGUACAAGCUUCAGAUCCAAAAUUUACAAAAUCCCAGUUAAAGACGAGUGGGCCCUCAGCUUGUUCUGAAGAAGAGGACACUAAUGCACAAUUUCCUCAAGAAACUAUUGAUGCAAAUGGCUUUCUGGUCCACCUUAAAACACAGGAGCCUGACGUGAAUGAUAAAAAUGAAGCACCAGUUUUGGUUUCAGCUUUCACAGAGAAACCAGUAAAUAAAAAUAUGACGGGCUGUCCAGAUGUCAAAGCAAGUAUAGAUAUGACUGAAGCUCCAACAGGCUACAUUUUGCAACAAACAUGCACAGAUGAGCCCCCUCAGUUUCCUUCUUCAAGACAAAACCACAGUUCUGAACUCCUGAAAAAAAUUGAGGUGACUUUACCACCAAGCAAAGAGGGAUCAUCCAACCCUGAUGAUGUGGAAAUCACAAAACUAACACAUUCUCCAUACUUAAAUGAAACGGAGACCAAUAAAGAACCUGAACCAAGAAGUGCAACUUGUCUUGUAGCAAAGAAGAUGGAAAGUCCACCCAGUGCUGCUGACCAAGAUGAUGAUGCAUUGUGUUAUCAAACGUCGAGACGAAAGAGUUUAGCCGAUCUGCAGUCAAGAGUAAGGCGUUUAAGCCGCCUGAUAAAUGCAGGCCCUGAUGCUGUUGCCAUUGAUAGCUGUAUAGCACCUUUCCCACAGCUGGACACCAACCUGGACAAAAACUCAAGAGAUAAAACUAUCCCCCUACCAGAAUUGAAGACGGAGCCAGCACUCAAAAUGGGUUUGGUAAACACUGAAGAUAAAGUUCAGAGUUUUACACAAGAAGAGCAACCUUCUGUAAGUGCUACUACAACUCCUUUCAGUUUGAAGACUAAACUUAUGUCAAGACUCUCAGUGGGAGGGUUCAAGCCGAAACUCCCGCAAAGAAGCAAACCUGAUGAGGCAAAGAAGGGAAGUUCUGCUGGGGAACAUAUAGUGACAAUUUAUAGCAAUGUUGCCCAUAAGCUGAGCAACUUUGACAAUGAUGUGAGUGACAUCUUCGAUGAAGAGCUGGGUAGUUAUGAAGAUGUGUCAGAAACGCUGAAUACCAGGAGUCCUGAGAAUAUCUCUGAAAUAGCAAGUCCUUCUCGUGAGUUCAACGCGAUUGAGCCUUUAGAGGAAGAUGUGUUUGAGGAAGACAUUAUUAGUACCAGCCAUGGACAAAAGAGACCUUUGCCUGAAGGUGAAAAUAAUAUGGAGGAUGAGAAGAGAAUGAAGGCUUCUCCAGAGACUACUGAAAUGGCAUUGCAGUCUGGUGGUGUAGAGUGUGAGACCAUGAAUUACUGCAACAAUAGUCACACAGCCAGCAUCAGAUGUGAGGCUGCAUCUGAGUCGACUAUUAAGCACAGCCUGUUUGAAUCCCAGCUUGAAGACUAUACCAGUGAUGCACAGAAGAAACUUGAAGAUGGCAGCAUUACAGUGUUAGAUUUCUUCAAACUCUUCAAUAUAGACUUUGUCAUCCAUAAUCCUCGACAAAGUGUGCUUCCGGACAGACUUUUGUCAGACACAGAUGCAACAUCGAUGGAUUUAUUGAAGGACAGGCAUAUCAGUCGUCCAAAACAGGUGGUCUAUGAGGCAGACGUCCUGACUCUCACAGAAGAGGUGGAAAGAUUGAAGGUCCGUAUGUGGGAUCUCGACAAGCCUCUUAAGACUGUUAAUAGACCUUUGUGGGAAGAGAUGAAACAUUCUUCAGAAAAUCAGCUCAAGUCAUUUGGUGCUAAACUAAAGGAGAGAAAUAACUUCUUCAGGAAAACGAGCAAAGUUCAGUCACAUGAAAUGAAGGAGGUCCUGUACUCAAAUCUAGUGCAGGCUAAUUUGGAGGAGCAGCAGAAAUUGAGAGAAGCAAUUGAGCAAGCAGACAAGAUGAUACAAAGCUUGGAUGACUGCAUUCGUGAAUUGGAAACGGAACUUGCUGCAGUUGAGGAAAACGGCUUUGAAGAUAAACCAAGCCUGAAUUCACUACAGAAAGAGAUGAAGAAAGUCACUGAGACUUUGGCUGAUAAUGACAGACAAAUAUCUGAACUGGAGAUGGAGAAGAAGCAGAAUUCAAGUAAACUUGGCAGACUGAAAGCUGAGACGAGGAACCUGGAGAGUCACAUUGAUGUACUAAAUAUGGUAAAUGAAUGGAGGUUCAAAGGGAGGAGGGACAACAGCACCAUCUACACUUUUCUCAAUGAGACCGUGUAUCUACAUUUGGCAUACGAAAAGCCCAAUGGAACUGAUGCUGAGUACGGGUCUGAGCGGAAAAUCACCCACAUCGCUUUCAAAUUUGAACUUGAUGAUGAGAAAUCGCAGUUCCAUGCCCGCAUUGUUCACAAACUGCUCUCCCAGUACACUGAGGGAGAAUCUGCCUGGGUGGAGAAAUACCCAACAAGCAGUCGUGUUCCAAAGCUGCUCCAUGACAUUAGCUUGGUGGUGAGUCACUGUCGUCUGCUGGGUGAGGAAUUGCGUCUGCUGAAAAUGUGGGGAGGCCUUCAGCUCGAUGUACUAGACAUCAGCUGCGUGGACACUCGAGUGCACAUUGUCUUCAGCAGUCUCAAGAAGUUGUCCAAGUUUGAGGUGGUCUUUGCCGUCAGUUUGACCAACUACCUCUAUGUCCUCCAAGUAGAGAGCUUCAAAAAUAUGACUGGAAGUGUAACGAUCCAGCAGAUUGAAGAUAUUGUGGCAUGGUUCAUUCCAGCUCGGAACCUCUUGACGAAGAUUGUCAAAAAGAUUCACACCACUCUGCUCUGUUGAGACCAGAAAUAACGUCUAUCGCAUUUUGAUUCAAGGUGUUUGUAAUUAUACUCUGUUGUACACGAUUCAUGUUAAAAAUUUGUUUGUUUUUGGGGUUUUUUGCUUUUUUUUUAAAAAAACAAAAAAGGAAAAUAAAGUACAGUGUGCCAUU